AUGUUAGCCAAUCGCCCCCAUCGCCGGACGUUGGUUACAGUGGCCAGUUUUUUCUUCAAACUUUAUUUUUCCUGUCCAUUUGAUAAAGCCAGACAGAAAGACAGUCAGACAUGCCAUUCAUUGUUAAGGUUGAUAUUUCAGUACACGCUCACUCGUGUUCUCUCCACCUGUUGCCAAUGCCCACGAGUGCGUCAGAGCAGACUGGUGUUCUACAGUAAGAGGGGGAGUCAAGGCAUAGUUUCCCCUACAAAAUGCUCUCUCUCAUCUCUUCCACGUCUCUCUUCUGGCUUCUUUCCGAGCCUCUCCCUCUUUCUCGCUCUCUUCCUCACGUCGGAUAGUCCUCUGACCUUGUCCUUGCGGCCUUGGGGCCCACGACUAUGCACCAGUCGACGGUUACUUGGUGCGCUGUCCAGAGUUCACGGCCGUACCACCAACAUUCGAAGUCUCUUAGGCCAUUCACCAGACAAGACGUACUCCCCUUUCACAAUCUCUGCCUGUUCUUCCACCUGCACAUUAGUUGGCUCGGACUGA